AUGGCCUACAAACUUUACAAUUACGAUCCUUCCGGCGGCGCAGCCAUUCCAGUCGCAGCCCUUUUUGGGCUCGCAACGGUGAUCCAUAUCGUCCAGAUGAUUCGUGCCCGGAGUUGGUUCAUGAUACCAUUUACAAUUGGGGGCGUCUUCGAGGCAGUCGGUUAUUUGUGCAGAUACAUCAAUUCAACGGAAACGCCAGACUGGCAAACAACACCCUACAUCGGACAGAGCCUCCUUAUUCUUCUCGCCCCUGCCCUCUUCGCUGCCUCUAUUUACAUGAUACUGGGACGGCUUAUUGUGGCCUUGAACGCGAGUUCAAACUCGAUCAUUCGGCCGUCUUGGUUAACGAAAAUUUUCGUGAUUGGAGAUGUUCUUUCCUUCUUCAUGCAAUGUGGAGGAGGAGGAUUUCUUGCCAGCGCGAAGACUCAGGACAACGUGAACAUGGGCGAGCACAUGAUCCUCGGUGGUCUCUUCGUCCAAAUAUUUUUCUUCGGAUUCUUUAUAAUUGUUUCGGUCAUCUUCCAUCGACGAAUGCUGGCUUCGCCUAUGAAUUAUGUUGGGGGGACCGGUAUCCCCUGGGCACGGUGUAUGAAGGUCCUGUACACUGUCAGUUGCUUGAUCAUGAUCCGUUCAAUCUACCGAGUGAUUGAAUACGCGCAGGGAAGUGGUGGCUAUCUGCAAAGUAAGGAAGUAUUUGUCUAUGUCUUUGAUGCAGCUCUCAUGCUUGGCUGUUGCGUUGUUCUCGUUGUCUUUCAUCCUAGUAAAAUGCUGCGCGAAAAGGGAUAUCAAACGACGGAAGAUCUUGAGAUGCUAGCCAAUCAUUAUGAAACUGGACGGAAUUAUUAG